GAAUCCUCUUUCUCUCUCUACAAAACGACGAAAACCCUAGAAUCUCUUCCUUUUCUCUCUGUAGGAAAAAGGUCGCAGACCAAAACCCUAAAAGUAGCUCUCUCUCUCGUGUGUCUUUCUCUCUCUUCUGGCUUGAGGUUGCAGAGACACUGGUUGUACUCCUGCGAUCUCAGAGUCAUAUAUUGUACCUCAGUAUCUCCGUGUCAGAAUUCAUCUGAGAGGGAUUUUCUUCUCCAUUUUGAAGCGCCGCUAUUACUACAGGCAAAAGCUUGAGUGAGGAAAAGAGAUUGUUAAGGAUUCAAAAGGUUUGAAGGCAUAAUGGAAAAUCUACUGUGCAAAGAAGAGCUUCUGAGGACUCCAUCAAGGGAGUCGAACUCCAUGUAUAGCGAUCCGCAAAAGUUGGGCCAUUUCGCUGUCCAAAAUGUUGAAUCGUUUUUCAAGAGCAUAGAAGACUGCGAAUUUGCAAUUAAGGUUAGCUUAGAGAAAGAAGCAUUUUACAUGCCUGAUCGUGGUUACGCUGAACGCCUCAGGGCCAUCAAUAUGGUGGACUCAAGAAUCAGGGCGGUUAAAUGGAUCCUCCAGUCUGCCGCUCGUCUCAGUCUCUCUUUUAGUACAAUGUUUGCGGCAACCAAUUAUCUGGACCGCUUCAUAUCCAAGUACUCCAGCACGGAAUGGAGGCUCUGGAUGAUGGAGCUCCUUCAAGUUGUGUGCUUAUCCAUCGCUGCAAAGUUCGAUGAAGUCUGUAUUCCAUCGCUAUUUAAAAUCCAGAUGAUGGAUGGGCUGGAAAAUUUAUUCGAUCAACGCGUGCUUCAAAAAAUGGAAUUAACGGUAUUAAAGACAUUGGACUGGCGCCUCAAUGCCGUUACCACUUACUCCUUCGUGGACACGUUUAUUGGGCGCAUGGGGCCUCUCCACUACGUCCUCCAUGAUUCAUUAACGGCGCGUGUCACGGAGUUCGUACUCAAUACUCUGCUAGACUUGGAUUUCCUGCAAUUUCGGGCGUCUUCUUUGGCAGCUUGUGCUUUACGAUGCGCCUUAGAAGAACUGCUUCCAUUGAUGGACGGUUACCAUGUUUCUGGUCUAUCUUCUAUCAUCCCACAGCAACAAAAGGAUGAAAUUGAAAGAUGCCAUGAGUGCAUGGAGCUUCGUUUGGUGGAUCCUCUUUGCAGUCUAACGACCUCAUACUGCCGCUUCUCUCCUCCAAGCCCAGUCACAGUCAUGACGACCGAGCACCUCGGGGCCCUUGGUUUCUCUCAAUAUCAAUCUCGACCGAAUGCUUUCUCUCUCUUCCAAGCAAAAUCGUCGGUCAUGGACCCUAAGGGGUGUCCUCUCUUCGAAGUUCAGCCAAUCUCGCUCAUGGUUCCAAACGAUUUCUCGCUCUACCAAACCCAACCCAAUUCUGUCAUCAACACUAAGAAGAGGCAGAGAGAAUCUAUAACUUGUGAACAUGUGGAACGCCCAUCUCUUAAAAUGAAGGUUUGAGCUUUGAAGUUUCUUCGUCUCCAAACCCUUACCCAUCUCUCAUAUAAACCCAAGGAAGAGGGAAAAAAGAGAGCAUCUCUCUGAAUUUUGACCUAAGUCUCCACCUCUCCUUUUUCUCAAGCAGAAGACUAGCCUGCCUGUCGAUACAGCACUUAAAUAAUGGGCCCAAGUCCUUUGGUUCUAAG